AUGGGAACGAGCUUGUACAUUUCUCAGACAUCAAAGGCCACCUGCGUCACGCCGACCACAGGUAACUCUGAUAAGAUUUGUUCGACUCUGAGCGUGAGAACCAUGGUCGUAUCCGAUAACGCGAGCGAUGACAGCGAUAACGCGAGCGAUGACGAUAAUGUGAACGAUGAUAGCGAUAAUGUGAGCGAUGAUAGCGAUAACGCGAGCGAUGACGAUAAUGCGAGCGAUGACAGCGAUAACGCGAGCGAUGACGAUAAUGCGAACGAUGAUAGCGAUAAUGUGAGCGAUAACGCGAGCGAUGACAUCGAUAACGCGUGCGAUGAUAGCGAUAAUGCGAGCGAUGAUAGCGAUAACGCGAGCGAUGACGAUAAUGCGAGCGAUGAUAGCGAUAAUGCGAGCGAUGAUAGCGAUAAUGUGAGCGAUGACGAUAAUGCGAGCGAUAACGCGAGCGAUGAUAGCGAUAACGCGAGCGAUGACGAUAAUGCGAGCGAUAAUAGCGAUAAUGUGAGCGAUGACAAUAACGCGAGCGAUGAUAGCGAUAAUGUGAGCGAUGGUAGCGAUAAUGCGAGCGAUGACGAUGUGAGUGACGAUAGCGAUAACGCGAGCGAUGACGAUAAUGCGAGCGAUGAUAGCGAUAACGCGAACGAUGAUAGCGAUAAUGGGAGCGAUGAUAGCGAUAAUGUGAGCGAUAAUGCGAGCGAUGACGAUAAUGCGAGCGAUGACACCGAUAACGCGAGCGAUGAUAGCGAUAAUGCGAGCGAUGACGAUAAUGCGAGCGAUAAUGUGAGCGAUGAUAGCGAUAAUGUGAGCGAUGAUAGCGAUAACACGAACGAUGACGAUAAUGCGAGCGAUGAUAGCGAUAAUGUGAGCGAUGAUGCGAGCGAUGAUAGCGAUAACACACGGUAA